AUGAAGUUCCUACCGGUGCUGGCAGUGAUCGUGCUUAGUUUAGCGGCAGCACAAGCUGCCUCCAGUCGCCCGCAGCUGGUGCGCCUCCACCAGGUGAGUCGGGUGGAGUACAACGAGCUCCUGCGACUGACCCAGGGAAAGCAGGAGGUAUCCGAGGCGCGUCUGCUCAGCAGCUCCAUCGCCGGCAUCAAGGGUCUGGCUUCUGGCUUUGCCGCUGGCAACUUUAUUCCCGCCAUCUUCAGCUCCGGCUCCAAGGACACUACCAAGAAGGGCCGGCCUCUGUGCGUGAUCUCCACCAACGAUCUGGAUAAGGAUGAGGUGCGCUCGGGUCGUGUGGUCAGCAUUGAGUACGAGCCCAACUCCGACUCCAGUUCAGGAUCAGGUUCCUCUUCGGGAUCGGGUCAUGGAAGCCAUGGUCAUGGCAGUGGAAGUGGCCAUGGAAGUGGCAGUGGAAGUGGACAUGGAAGUGGCCAUGGAAGUGGUCAUGGAAGCGGACAUGGAAGUGGCAGUGGCAGCAACGAUGAUGAUGAUGAUGAUGUGACGACCGUGAACUGUAUUUUGGUGGUCAAUGGCACCGAUACAACCACUACAACCACCAAGAAACCUGACCACGGAGAUGGAAAUGGACACGGACAUGGACAUGGCCAUGGUGACGGACAUGGACACGGCUCUGGCUCUGGUUCUGGCAAGCCCAGCUAUCCCCUGUACCCACCCUACCCAUACCCACCUUACGGCUAUCCCUAUCCACCCUACCCCUACCCUCCACCAUUCGCCUACCCACCACCACCACCUCCACCACCACCACCCAAGCACGACAAGCGAUCCUUUGCCGAGGAGGCGGAUGUGGGUCGUCUUAUCGAAGCCUACAACGAUUACUACUACCAGCCAGAGAGCUACGCCCUGAGGGCGGGAAAGCGCUCUAGGGCCAACCAGGAGAUCUCUGCCUACCAGCCCGUCCCCUACCCCAAGCAGGAGUACGCCUCCAACUACCCCAAGGUGAUCCGUAACUACGGCCUGACCCACCCCGCUCCCGUCUACGUGCGGUCCCCGCAAUUCGAUGAGGGCCAGUAA